UCUCCUGUCGGGCGGAAGUAGGAGGAGUGGAGUUUAAAAACAGUACUCUUUUUCCGGUUCGGGACGUAGUUGAAACAACGACUAGCCGGAUAACCGUUCUUGAGGCAGGAUGACGCGGCAUGGCAAGAACUGCACUGCAGGGGCUGUCUACACCUACCACGAGAAGAAGAAGGACACAGCGGCCUCGGGCUAUGGGACCCAGAACAUUCGACUGAGCCGGGACGCUGUGAAGGACUUUGACUGCUGCUGUCUCUCUCUGCAGCCCUGCCAUGACCCUGUGGUCACGCCAGACGGCUACCUGUAUGAGAGGGAAGCAAUCCUGGAGUACAUCCUGCACCAGAAGAGAGAGAUCGCCCGGCAGGUGAAGGCAUAUGAGAAGCAGCGAGGAGCUCGGAGAGAAGAGCAGAAAGAGCUUCAGCGAGCCGCAGCCCAGGACCAAGUUAGAGGCUUCCUAGAGAAGGAGGCGGCCAUCGUGAGCCGGCCCCUCAACCCCUUCAUGCCCAAGGCUGCUACCUUGCCCAACACAGAGGGUGAACAGCCAGGGCCCAGCGUGGGUCCCGUAGGCAAGGACAAGGACAAAGCACUGCCCAGCUUCUGGAUUCCCUCACUAACGCCCGAGGCAAAGGCCACCAAGCUGGAAAAGCCGUCCCGCACGGUGACCUGCCCGAUGUCCGGGAAGCCACUGCGCAUGUCGGACCUGACGUCAGUGCGCUUCACGCAGCUGGACGACUCUGUGGACCGCGUGGGGCUCAUCACACGCAGUGAGCGCUACGUUUGCGCAGUGACCCGAGACAGUCUGAGCAAUGCCACGCCAUGCGCAGUGCUGCGGCCCUCUGGGGCCGUGGUCACCCUGGAGUGUGUGGAGAAACUGAUCCGUAAAGACAUGGUGGACCCCGUGAAUGGGGACACGCUGACAGAGCGUGACAUCAUUGUGCUGCAGCGGGGCGGCACAGGCUUUGCGGGCUCCGGAGUGAAGCUACAGGCAGAAAUGUCUCGACCAGUGAUGCAGGCUUGAGCCGUGGCCUAAUAAACGUGGAUGUGAACAUCUGGAUGCCUGGCGCCUCAUUGUAGGCUCGGCAGCAGAAGGAGUGGACCUGCGGUGUGGGCCUGAGCUCCUGAGAUUUACUCAGUCACUUAGGAACAGGCAGAAACCCCGGCAUGAACCUGUGGGUCUCCUCCAGCCUCAGGCAGGACUUGGAAGAGGGCUCCCUGAACAAGAAGUGCAGGCCUCAUGAUAGCACUCCCAGGCCAGGUACCUCCUGAGACCCCUAGACAUGGACCUGCCCCCACCAGGUGCCCCUCCCCCAGCGAUCCCUGCAGACCCGUUACACACUGCACGCUGCUUCACAUGCACACAUACCGUCCUCCUCUUUCCCUGAACACCUGAGAAUCUCUCUCAAGAGCCAACUUCCCUUCCCCAGCCCCCUAAACUUGCUCAAAGAGACGCAGACCACCCUCAUCCCUGCCUCCAAGUAAAAAUAGCUUUCUUUUCUCUUUGUACUGGCAAAUGCACAAACUAACCAAGUGUUGAGUUCUUAAUGUGUAUCUAGGGAGGGGUUUGUGCACAUGAGUCCAAUGCCUGCAUAGGCCGUACUAACCUGUCAGACCCCUGGCGCUGGGGUCAGGCAGUCUUGAGCAGCCUAGUCUAGAUGCUGGGAGCCAGGCUCGGGUCCUCUGCCAAGAGCAGCAAGCACUCUGAACCACUGAGCCAUCUUCACCCCCAUGUUUCCAUCCCAUCACAGAAGAGAACUGCUGCAAAACUGAGGCUAGUUUGUGCUGCAUAAGACUGCCUCAGAAUAAGAGAAACAAUUAUAUACAAUCGAGUCCUUAAAUCUG